UUUUACUUAAACAUGAGAAGGUACCAGAAAGUCGAUAAUAAAAAACAUACGAUUCGCGUACGCGUUACUUCCGCAUGUAAGGAGUGUAGAAACAAAAAAACAAAGUGCGAAUUCUCUAGGCCUUGCACACACUGCCGUGAUCGUAAUUGGAACUGCACCACAGAACUGCCAACAAAACGUGGUCCCCGUAAAAAUUCAGCCAGCGUACGAAAAAAAAAGGAAAUAGGAAAAGAAAUAACUGAAGUUAUUUCGAAUGUGCCCGCUCUCGCUCCCGCCCCAGCUCUAGCCCCCGCUCCCGCUCCCGCUCCCUCCCCCUCCCAUUCUCACUCCUCCCACUCCUCCUCGAUUUGUGACAAGAAUUCUUCCUCUUCUCCCUCCUCAGUCUCGCUGGUCUCUAGUUCUCUCUCUUUCUCUAAUACUCCUGUCUGGAGUUCUUCGCCCUCCUCUGGCUCCAACUCGUCUCUUCCUUCUUCUCCAACGGAAGAGCAUUCUUUUAAUGUCAAGUCGGAUGAUUUGACUUUCUUUCUUGCACCAACAGCAUUGAUACAAAAUGAAAUGCCAUCGGAGGUUUUCGGACGUGAACAGGAAAAUAUAGAUAAACUUUUUACCGAAUAUAUAAAAUACGAGGAUGUUUAAUGAAUAAAAAAAGAAAAAAAAUAAACACUUGGACCAUCCCGUAAUCACCAAACACUGCGAACCCACCGCCAAUCACCGCUAGUCACUGCCAACCUCUAAUUAUUCAUAAAUAAACUCUUUAUUUAUAAAAAAAUUUUUUUAGUUUAAACUGUUAGAAAAUAAAUUAUAUAUCGAAUAUUUUUUAUAUUUAUUUUUAAUUAUAAUUAUAGUCG